AUGGAGGCGGAUCUACAGCAGAUGCAGGCGAAGGAAGCUACAGGGCGAUUCAAGCAACAACGGUUAGCGGCGGAGGCGACGGACACAACAACGGUUGCGGCCCAUAAACCGAACAAAGCUGAUAAUCACCUAUCAUGUCAUUCCAGCAGAUCAAACAUGCAAGGGAUCACGAAGGCGCUGCGCCUCCAUGGAAGGCAGCUUAGGCACGCAGUUCUGCAACAUAUGAACAAGGGGAUCUUCUCCUGGGCCACCCUUAUUUCGCGCAUACAGAGCGAGUCGCCAACUGUGAUUAUACCACACAUGGGGCUCGAGAACAUUACCGUCAGUGAAAUUCUCAAGGCAAAGGGGGAGGCUGAAGCUGGAGCAGUCUACUGGUGCAGCACCAGCCAUUUCGUACAUGAAGCAGUACAGCACAUGACAGCACACAAUGUUGGAGCUCUGGUAGUCCUCAAGUCAGGGGACAUGAACCAGCUUGCAGGAAUUGUAACCGAGAGAGAUUUUGCCAGGAAGAUCCUCUUGCCAGGGCGACCUUCAGAAGAAACCAGAGUUGGAGAUAUCAUGACAGAGGAGGACAAACUAAUUACAGUGUCCAGUCAUACCAAUAUUCUACGUGCGAUGGAGGUUAUGACAGACAAGCAUAUCAGACAUGUUCCUGUUUUCGACGAGAAGGUAGUUGGUAUGAUAUCCAUUGGUGAUGUUGUUAGAGCGAUCGUGGACCAACAGCACCAGGAAGUAAAACAGCUGAAGAAGUAUAUUAGAGGAGAGUAUUAUUAG